CAGGCUGUGCAGGACCGGGCUGCGCAGGAGCCAGCUCCUCCCUCUCGCUAUUUAUUCCUCCCCGUAGCUCUGCGGCCGAGGCUGAACCACCCUGAACUGAGCAACGGGCUCCCAGUCGCCAUGGCCAGGCUCCUCGUCACCUGCUGCCUGGUGGCCCUGCUCCUCGGCGCCUGGACCGACGUCGCCUUCUCCAAGAAGGGCAAAGGCAAACCCAGCGGAGGUGGUUGGGGCACCGGGAGCCACCGCCAGCCCAGCUACCCCCGCCAGCCUGGCUACCCCCAAAAUCCCAGCUACCCCCAUAAUCCGGGGUACCCCCACAACCCUGGCUAUCCCCACAACCCUGGCUAUCCCCACAACCCGGGGUGGGGACAGGGUUACAACCCAUCCAGUGGAGGAAGCUACCACAACCAAAAGCCGUGGAAACCCCCCAAAUCCAAGACCAACUUCAAGCACGUGGCCGGGGCGGCAGCAGCGGGUGCCGUGGUGGGAGGUUUGGGGGGUUACGCCAUGGGACGCGUCAUGUCGGGGAUGCACUAUCGCUUCGACAGCCCCGAUGAGUACCGCUGGUGGAACGAAAAUUCGGCGCGUUACCCCAACCAGGUUUACUACCGGGAUUACAGCAGCCCCGUCUCGCAGGACGUCUUCGUCGCCGACUGCUUUAACAUCACGGUGACCGAAUACAACAUCGGACCCGCCGUCAAGAAGAACGUGUCUGAGGCCGGUGCAGCGGUCAACCAGACGGAGACGGAGCUGGAGACCAAGGUGGUGACGAAGGUGAUCCGGGAGAUGUGCAUCCAGCAGUACCGCGAGUACCGCCUGGCCUCCGGCAUCCGGCUGCACCUCGCCGACGCCUCCCUCGCCGCCCUCCUCCUCCUCACCCUCUUCGCCAUGCAGUGAUGUGCCCUGGAUCCUGUGGCUUUGAGAUGUCACCCGCGUCCCCGUGGGGACCCCCCAGACGCCCCCGUUCUUGCUUGCGGUCAUCUUAGGUGAAGAGCCCUCAGGGCGCACGGGCACCGACGCUGCCCAUUGCCUUCCCGGAGGCUCCAGUUUAGGCAACUGGAUGAAAAUUUCCUUCUCCACCCCAAAGGCUUCCCUGGCGUGACAGGACAGCGAUGGAGCUGGAUGCCCCCAAAGAAAUGGCCUUCACCACCUCCUCCUCCUCGGGGCUGCCCCGAGAGGGGCCGGGCAGAGAGGAGCUCACCCGGUCCUGGGCAUCCCUGCAAGAGCCUUUCCAAAAA